AUGGCACCACCACUCGUCCAUUGGAUUUAUCACUCCCUUUUCCUGUCUUCCCUUCCUCUUUUUCACGCGUUUGCACCGAGCGAAGCCUUACGGAAUUACCCGGAGAAUGAAGUUACGUUGCUAGACUCCAUGUCAGCCUUGGCCGACUUGGGCUGGGAGGCCUACCCAAAUGAGGGGUGGGAGGAGAUCAGUGUGAUGGAUGAGAGGAACACCCCGAUGAGGACCUACCAGGUAUGUAACGUCAUGGAGGCCAACCAGAACAACUGGCUGAGGACACGGCACAUCAGCCGCGACGGGGCACAGCGUGUCUACAUCGAGAUCAAGUUCACCUUGAGGGACUGCAACAGCCUGCCGGGGGUCUCCGGCACCUGUAAAGAGACAUUCAACAUGUACUACUAUGAGUCCAACAAUGCCAACCUGUGGUUCAUCAAGGAAAGCCAGUAUGUCAAGAUAGACACAAUUGCUGCUGACGAGAGCUUCACACAGGUGGAUGUUGGCGACCGGGUGAUGAAGCUAAACACGGAGGUGCGGGAUAUCAGCAACUUGAGCAAAAAGGGAUUCUACCUGGCCUUCCAGGACCUGGGGGCCUGCAUCGCCCUGGUCUCAGUGAGGGUCUUCUACAAGAAGUGUCCUCUCACGGUGCUCAACCUGGCCCAGUUCCCCGACACAGUCACUGGUGGAGACUCAGCCUUGGUGGAGGUUCACGGCGUUUGUGUGAAUGCCUCAGAGCAGUUCGAGGCUCCCAAGAUGUACUGCAGCGCUGACGGUGGCUGGCUGGUGCCCAUCGGGAGGUGUGUGUGCAAGCCAGGCUUCGAGGAGCACAAGGAUGUCUGCCAACCCUGCAGACCGGGUACCUAUAAGGCCUCAGCCACCGACGCCUAUUGCACCAAAUGUCCCCCACACAGCUCCUCCCACCAAGAGCAAGCCUCCGAAUGUGUCUGUGAAAAAGGCUACUACCGUGCUGAGACUGACCCGCGCUCCAUGGCCUGCACACGUCCUCCUUCAGCUCCAGAAAACCCCAUCUCAACGGUCAACGAGACAUGUGUCACGCUGGAGUGGUCCCCACCCCGAGACAUGGGAGGCCGGGGAGACGUCACAUACAGUCUUCACUGCAGGAAGUGCUUCGCUGACACCGGCAAAUGCGCUCCCUGUGGCAGCAGUGUCCACUUUGUGCCCAGACAGUUUGGCCUUUUGUCGGCCACGGUCCUGGUCACAGACCUGCAGCCGGACUCCAACUACACCUUCAUCAUCGAGAGCCAGAACGGAGUUUCUGACUUGAGCCCCUCGCCCAGAGGGGUGGUGGUGGUUAAUGUCACCACAUCACAGACAGUGAGUGUGGUGCUGAAGGAGAGGAGGAGUAAGGACAGCGUGACAUUGGCAUGGCAGGGUCCAGACAGGCCCGAUGGAGCGAUAGUGGAGUAUGAGGUCAUCUAUUACGAGAAGAACCAGCGGGAGCAGAACUACACAGUCCUGAAGACUCGCUCUAACAUGAUGACGGUGGACGGGCUGAAACCCGGGACCACCUAUGUGUUCAGGGUCAGGGCUCGAACUGAUGGCGGCUACGGCAGCUAUGGAGGAGAGAUCGAACUGGAGACCAGCCAUGAAGACAUGUUGGCUAUCGGCGACCCAAACCAGUCCACCAUCCUGGCCGUGUCCAUCGCGGGAGGAAUCGUCCUCCUCGUCUUCCUGGUUGCCUGCUUUGUGGUCAGCGGAAGGCAUUGUGGAUAUAUCAAAGCCAAGCAGGAUCCUGAUGAAGAGAAGAUGCAGUUCCAACAUGGCCGAGUGAAGCUUCCAGGCAGCAGGACCUACAUCCAUCCCCACACCUAUGAAGACCCCAACCAGGCUAUCAGGGACUUUGCCAAAGAGAUUGAUGCGUCCAGCAUCCGCAUAGAAAGAGUGAUAGGAGCUGGUGAGUUUGGGGAAGUGUGCAGCGGUCGGCUACGCAUCCAGGGAAAGAGGGAGAUCUACGUGGCCAUCAAGAGCUUGAAGGCGGGCUACUCUGACAAACAGAGGAGGGACUUCCUGUCCGAGGCGUCCAUCAUGGGACAGUUUGACCAUCCGAACAUCAUCAGGCUGGAGGGCGUGGUCACCAGAUGCAAGCCGGUGAUGAUCAUCACAGAGUUCAUGGAGAACGGAUCUCUGGACACCUUUCUUAAGAAGCAUGACGGCCAGUUCACGGUGAUCCAGCUGGUGGGCAUGCUGCGUGGCAUCGCCUCCGGUAUGAAGUACCUGUCAGACAUGAGCUACGUGCACCGAGACCUGGCCGCUCGAAACAUCCUGGUCAACAGCAACCUGGUGUGCAAGGUGUCCGACUUCGGCCUGAGUCGAGUUCUGGAGGAUGACCCCGAGGCCGCCUACACCACACGGGGAGGGAAAAUUCCCAUCAGAUGGACUGCUCCAGAGGCCAUAGCUUACAGGAAGUUCACCUCUGCUAGUGAUGUGUGGAGUUAUGGCAUCGUCAUGUGGGAGGUUGUUUCCUAUGGAGAGAGACCCUACUGGGAGAUGUCCAACCAGGAUGUGAUCAAAGCAAUAGAUGAAGGCUACCGUUUGCCUGCUCCUAUGGACUGUCCUGUGGUGCUGCACCAGCUCAUGUUGGACUGCUGGGAGAAGGGGCGCAGCGAGAGGCCAAAGUUCGGCCAGAUUGUCACGACCCUGGACAAACUGAUCAGAAAUCCAGCCAGCCUCAGAGAGCUUGCCAACAGCUCAGUAUGUAGGCAGGAUCCGUCUACCCCCGAGUUCAGCGUGAGCACAGUUGACGAGUGGUUGGAUGCUAUCAAGAUGGGGCAGUACAAGGACAACUUCUCUAGCUCAGGAUACGUCACCCUGGACUCAAUCCUCUACAUCAGUGUCAGUGAGUUGGGUAAGAUGGGUGUGAGUCUGGCAGGCCACCAGAAGAAGAUCCUGUCUAGCGUGCAGAGUCUGCAGGCCCACGGGACACAUAUCCAAGUAUAAUAUUUUGUCCAUAAACACACAAUGACACCGAGCCAAAAUGGACGCUCCCUUCAAGAGAUUACCCGCUGAGAUGGAGCCUCAAUGGAUACUUCUGUGCUCACCCUCCAUUGAUUCUGAGACACUGAGAUGGAGACAAAAAGGACGCUUGGCUCCUUCACCUUCUCGCAGUUUUCACCAUUCUCCCCAUCCCUGAUGGGCACUACCAGCUUUAGCACCGAGUCCCAGCAACACAACCACCAUUGCAGAGCAACAGAGAGACACUCGUGUCCAGCCAGGCCACAUCUAGAGCAUCUCAGACCAUUUCACUUCAUAUCAGCUCGACAAAACAAAGGAAAAAAAUAUAUUAAAAAAAAAAAUUCUGAAAAAUGAAGUACAAAAAAGAAAUUAGAAUAUAAUUAUCAUCACUGUCUGUGAAGUGUACAGUUGGAUUUUACUGUUGUUUUGUUUUUUUUUCUCUUUUGAGAAUGGCAUUUUGAGUUCUCACUUUCGAAAAAUUUAAAGAGGUCGGAAGAUACAGUAUGUAUAUGUGUAGAUAUAUGUUUAUAUGGACUGUGUCCCGCAACCGUAGAGAUGGACCUAACGUUUGUAUUGGUGUUAAGGUUUAUAUAGGUGGACCUUAGGAGUUAUACCUGGUACGUGUAUGACCCCUUCCCUUGCUUUGUGUAACCAGAACGCCAUUAGGUGAGCCAAGACAAUAAAUGGCAUGAAUGUGUGGGCAGUAUGGCUACAGAGAAAAUGGACCUGUUGAGACA